GUCGUUCGGAAAGCUCGUGUAUUCCCUGCGUUGAUGCGCGUGCUCUCGCUUUCUUCAGUGCGAAGAUUCAACUGAGAGAUAGCAGCGUUCGUUGAUGAAAAGAAGCCGGUAGAGAGACGAGAAACAGUUGAUUCGCGGUGAACGCAUCUGAAAGAUAUAGUGUGUUUUUUUUUUUGUACGAAAAUUACCAAGGUAUUACAAUCCGGAGUGAGAAUUGAGCCGGCUUCAAUCAAUAGGCAUAGUUUUUCCUCUGCCUUUUUUCUGACUGAUGCCAAUCGGGGGACCAAUUGUCCCGAGAUUCUGUGUGAGGGGUCCCAAAGGCCAACUUCGGGAAGUGGAAUAGAAAGAAGAUUGGUGGUUGGCGCGAAAAGGUUGACGAAAGAAGGAAAAAUACGGAAAGGUGAAGCCGAAGUAGAAGAAGGUCGAGUGAUUGGGUGUGAUUAGAAGACGAGAAGAUUUAACGGAUCAGUGAUAAAUUGCGAAAAGCGAAAAAAAGAAAACACAAAAGGCUCCCCUCUUGUUGUGACCCUCGACGUAGAGGUGAAAAAGAAGUUGAAGCUGAAAAAAUAGGAGAGAGUCUCAUAAAAGUGGAAUCACCUCCAAAUUGUGUGUGCGUUUGGUUAUGUGCCGGGUUAGCUUAGGUGAAUGGGAUUCUGAGUGAGUGAACGAAAAGCGGCUUAACCAGUGAAGAUCUACGUGAGCCAAAAGUCGAAAAAAAGAAACAGGGUCAAUAGGAGAGAAUUCUUCAUCGACUCUUUGGGGCUGUAAUUAAUGUGGUUUGGCUGGUGAAUUUUGAUUAGCUUGUUGGAGAUCAUAAAUGGAAAAAUUGAAGUGGAAAUUAAAAAAGUGAAAAAGUGUAGAGCGAAGAAGAAGAUCGCUAAUUUAUUGUUCUGGUUAGAAAAUCUUGCCUUGGGAAUCGUUUAUGGUCAGUUAAUUGAUAUACUUAUACAACUACAGAGUGUGUUUUUUUUUUUCGAGAAUAACAAACCUGAGUAACGAAGCAUCAGGUUGAAAAAGGGUUAAAUUGAACCCUUUCGAAACGAAAAUACAGUGAAGUUAAUUGACGCCGAAACGUGCUUAAAAAUUUCGGAUUGACAAUCACCAUACGCGGAAUUAUCAUUUUCAGUGGUCUUCGAAUAUUGCUGCCAGUACGACAAUCAACAAAUUAUUAAAAAACGAUUUCAUCCAAAAGCCGACUAAUCACCAUCAAUAUUGAACCUGGAAGCUUUAUGCCACUUUAAAAGCCCCAUUAGUCAGUAGCGCACCACACAAAACAUUAACCCGGGCGCCCACAAAGAAAAAAAAACAAACUACGGAACCCACACACUGGUUGGUCGUAAGAGGAAUUCCGAAAAUGUAGUAAUACCCCAAUCAAUUAUAUUUAGCCGGGAAUGUGCAGUGGCAAAACGAAAGCAAAACCUCCAACUCGAACGAAAGCAAUCAACAAACGACAGCAACAUCUAGUCGGUUGGGCCGUUUCGAGACUGAGACUGGACAAACGAUUGUGAGAUAGUUGUUACGGACAGAGGAACUUUAAGUCGUUCACGACCUCCUCGGUCAUCGUUACUAGAUCGUGACUGUCCAAGUUGGACCUCCAAGUUUCGUGAGGGCCUGGCGAAAGUGAGAGUUUGGCAGCAGUAGGAAUAGAAGUGGCAUCGUCAUGGAGCAGUAUGUGACCGUUGUUUCGGUUGACGAUCAUCAGCAGCAGCAGCAGUCGUCGUCGUCAGAGUUGGAUCAAGUGGCGCCAGAGGCUGAAGGUGUCAGUUUGGCCGCCAGUAAUGAAGUCGUGGGUGUGGUUCCGAUGAAUGGGACUGGCACCUCCCCGGACUCACAGUUUGUCACAGUGCUGUCGAUCAACCAUGGCGAGGCAGCGGAAGGAAGUGAACCAGAACAGGUGCUGGUCUAUCGGUUACCCGGGGAGCGAUUGGGCUUUGGGCUGAAGUUUCAGGGCGGAACCAAGAAUAAUGAAAAGAUCCAGCGGUUGUUCAUUCAGUCCUGUGCAGAAAAUAGCCCAGCUUCGCGGGUUCAGGCCAGCUGGGGGUAUCUGAGGGAGGGCGAUGAGAUACUGGAGAUUGACGGAGUCAGCGUGACGCAAAUGACCAGAAUUGAGUGCGUCAAGUGUUUGAAGGAAAGUAAUUUGGCCAUCAAGUUGCUAGUGAGAAACGGGGAAGGAAAGGUUCAAAACUUUUUCGACGAUAACGAGGAAGUACCGGAGAAGAAAAGUGUGCCACCGCCACCCCCACCUGUGCCACCAAGGAAGCUUAAUAAACGAAAAUCGACGGCAGAGCAUCAAUCUGCCGACCCACCAGCAAAGCAACUAGUGGAGAUCGUCCACCCCCCGGAUGCUGAAGUUUAUUCCAAUCUUUUCUGCGACGACAUAAGCGAUUGGAUUAGCGAGUCAGACGAUACUGCCAGUACAAUUUCUACAGUCAUAGACAAAUAUUCCCUAUGUUCUAGUUUAUCCUCUGAGGAUUACACCAUAUCGGCCAAUCCGAACAAUUUGGAGCUAGCCAAAGCUUUAAAACCGUUCACAAUGCUAGAAAAAGAAUUCAACCUAGAUAGCAAAUUGGAAUCCAAUCUAUUUGCAUUCCAACCGCAAACCCUAAACAUCGUUCAGCUAGAGGUGGAAGCACCUCCCAUGAACGAGUACGAGAACGUCACGAUAGCUAAGGUAGACGAAAAUAAAAACUACGAAAACAUUGUUGUUCACGCGAGCGAUCAUCAACCCUCGAACUACGAAAAUGUCACCAUCCAAACCGUGAGCGAUCCACAACCAUAUGAAAAUGUCAUCAUCUCUACCUCCUCCACGGAUAAACCUGACUCGACGGUUUAUGAAAACGUUGACCUCAAAGCUCCGCCGCGGCCUCUCCCUCGACAAGCCGGCGCCGGAACCACGAUCGCAGUUCUCGAACCCAAGAAACGUGCAGCUCAAGCCGCCAGUGUCGUCGCGCCACCUCGUCAAAAGUCACCCAAACUGGCACAAAUCCCUCCAGCACUACCUCACGAAUUCAACACCAUCCAAAGCUGGCUGCAAGAAGCUACCGAAGUCAUCCACGAGUGCGCCUUGGCACCCCCCAACGCAGCAGAUCCUUCCCAAGCGAAGGACGACAAACGCACCGGAAGCACCGAAAGCCUCCCACGUCUCAUCGACUUCCACCCGAAACUGUCUAGUCCCUACAAGUCCCCUCAACCGUCGCCCAUCUCCCCCACGGAUGAUUGCCAAACCGAUGAUAGUCUCGAGAUGCAACUCGAAAACCCCACUCCCACGAAAAAGUGCAUCAAAAUUAACAGCACCGAGAACAGUUCCCAGAACCACAACUAUAUCGAAAGUUCCUCGGAGGAAGAAGACGAUGAUCGAGACAACGAGGACGAAGAGGAGAAGGUCUAUGAAUUAGCUCACAUGGAGGAGCAGCAGGAGCGGCGAUCGUCCUGCGAUAGUGGAGCAUUCGAUAACUAUAGCGAUGAGGACGGGGAGAAGUUGGGGCCGCCGGAGAUUGUUGCCGGUGGACCAUCGGAGGCGUACUUUAACUUUCAUUGGUCGACCACCUUGCUGCCGCCCAUCGGGGAGGUUGAGGAGGAGUUUAGCUCCCUGGAGAAUCAACAGAGUGGACCAAUUGUCAUCAUCGACACGGCUGAGGAAACACUGUUCAAUGAUAACAACAACAACCAGCAUCGGGAAUCGAAAAUCAAAUCACAAGACUUUCCGGUGCAGUAUAGGGAACCAGAACCAUCACCUUCACCUUCGGCGGUUACUCCGACAUCUAUCGUAAUCAAAACGGUGCCGGAAUCAACACUUCCAUACGAAAAUGUGGUCGUACUUCCGCCACUUUCGAGACCCUCAUCCGAUCCACCCCCUGUUCCUGUUCCGUCCGUUCGAGGUCAAGAAAUGGAAGAGUCUGAAAAUUUAACAGACGUGGAAUCAGCUGUUUCCGAUAUGAUAGAACCAGGUGAAGUUACCUCAGCUGAUAAGAGUACUUCUCGUGAUGACGCCACUUUUGAAUUAGAGAACAACGAGCGGAUUGUUUCGGAGAAAAUUUCCACCUUAGAAGAACGAGGUGAUCAGUUGAUGGCCGGCAUCGAGAAAGAUAGCGAGAAUUCCAUCGAAAUGGAUCGCGUGGAAACGGAACAAUCGGAAAUGCGGGAAGUAACGGAUUCGGAACCAAAAAAGGAAUGGGUCAACCAGGAACCGGAACUGGUGGCCGACGAGGACGUCGAUCAACUGGCCGUGGUUAACGAAAGUGUGGACAGUGAUUUCGAUGAACUGGUAAAGGCUCAGCUCGAUGAAGACAACGCGGGGCAAAUUCAACAGAUUCAUGAGAGAAUCAUUGUUGGAAUUGAAAGCUCCAGUCCACAGCCGACGAUUUUAGAUGACGCAAAGAUUGAACUAGAGGUUGAUGUUCAAGUUCAAACUCAAAUCGGGGAUGAUUCAGAACAAAGUGUCAACGAACAACAAAAAGUGAUGAUUGAUGAAGAUGUUCCAGAUUGCACACCCUCACCCACAGAAGCAGAACCGUCACCGGGCGAAGAAUUGGAGGUCGAAAAUAAUCAAGGUGAGUGUCACCCUAAUUCUUACAAACAAACGUGCCAGUUCAAGUUCCACUUCUUAUCGCCUGGUAUGUUUGUUCCGUCUAUAGUUUACCGAUUCUUUAUCAUCGGUGGUAGUAAAAGUGGUUAUAUUCAUGUGACCGAAAUCGAAGCGUACAUGAAAACUUAUUUAGAUGAUUACUUCAAUCAAAAACAAAACCAACAAGGAUCUAUACUAACACCGGAAGUGAAGAAAAGGCCAUAUGUCCCGAUUGGACAACUGGCUCAACAGUUCAAUCAGAUGCAACUGUUGAACAAGGAAGUGCAUCCCGAAGGGAAGCCUUUCUCCGAACAAAGAUUUACUUACCCGUUCCAAAUAGAAGCUCAGAUACCGAGCCAAGUACAGAUUCCACUUUCUCAACCUUUAAGACAGUCUCAAAAUCCUUUCACGCCAGAAACUAAUCCAUGGAAUAGUGGUGUUGGUAGUCCCUUUUUGGUUUCUCCUUACCCUAAUCCAACAUUUCACGAACCAAGACCACGUGCUCCGUUUUCCGUUAACGAACCUUACCCAUAUCAACCCCUCUAUUCAAAUCCGAGACAGGAAGACAUUUCCGGUUAUGGUUAUGCUCGACGUUUACCUCAUCAACAAUGUAGCAUCAUUGAAAAGUGGCCCAAGUUCACCGGUGAUACCAAUUUAAUACCUGUAACCGAUUUCUCGAAACAAAUCGAUAUUUUGUGUCGGUCAUACGCCAUUAGCAAAUCCGACUUGCGGAUGCAUGCUCACUUGUUAUUUAAAGAUAGUGCUUAUAUAUGGUUUACAACUUAUGAAGAGAAGUUCAGGGAUUGGGAAAGUUUGGAGGUCCAUUUACGUAGACGGUACGAUAAUCCGAAUCGAGAUCGAUUGAUUAAGGAAGAGAUUCGUAACCGCAAACAGAAGCCGAAAGAGUUGUUCAGUGCGUUUCUAACGGAUAUAGAAGUUCUAGCUCAGCUUAUGGCUUUCGGCUUACGAAACGCUCCUGCAUGUAUGCAAAGAUGCAUGUCAAUUGUGUUAGGUCAUGAUCUGGAACCCUGGGUCUACGUAUAUCUGGAUGAUAUCAUCAUUCUGUCCAAUAGUUUCGAUGAACACGUUAGACUCAUACGCGUAGUGGCUGAGCGCUUGACGCGAGCCGGUCUAACUAUCAACCUCGAGAAGAGCAAGUUUUGCAAGACUCACAUUCGAUAUCUAGGCUACGUACUAUCAGAAGGCGGUCUCUCGAUGGACGUAAGCAAAAUACAACCGAUUUUAGAUUACCCAGCACCGAAAUCAGUAAAAGAAGUCCGAAGACUUCUUGGCUUAGCUGGUUUCUACCAAAAGUUUAUCGCCAUGUACUCAGAAAUUGCUACUCCAAUAACGAACACUCUAAAGAAACAUAAAAAGAAGUUUGAAUGGGAUAAAGACGCCGACGAGGCGCUGGUUCGAUUGAAAACCGCGCUCGUAACGGCCCCAGUAUUAGCUAACCCGAAUUUCGCGGAACGCUUCAUUAUCGAGAGUGAUAGCUCAGAUCUAGCUAUAGGAGCUGUUCUUGUACAGAUUCAAAACGGGGAACGACGUCCCCUCGCGUAUUUCUCGAAGAAGUUGUCUAGUACCCAGCUAUGCAUUACGGAUAAUGCACAGGUUUUUAAAUCAUCUCUUUUCCUAAACCUACUAAAUCGAUAUUCGGUAACACACUGGAACUUGGCCGUGUAUCACCCGGGACCCAACCCUACCGAACGCGUUAAUAGGGUCAUUGUAACUGCGAUAAGGUGUACCCUUAAUCGGAAAAAGGAUCACCGCGACUGGGAUGAGUCCGUCCAUCAAAUAGCGCGCGCGAUUAGGACUCAUUCCCACGAUAGCAUUGGUUUUUCGCCGUAUUUCGUCAACUUCGGACGGAAUAUGAUCAGCAACGGAGCUGAGUAUGAUCAAAUACAAAGUCGUGGAAGAAAUGAAUCGAUAUCUCCGAAUCAGCACGGUAUUGAAAUGGAAAAAUUGUUUGCAAUAGUUAAAGAAAAUUUGUCGAAAGCCUACAAACAAUAUCAACAAUCUUAUAACACGCGAAGCAACGCGAAACAUACCUUCGAAAUAGGCGAUAUCGUUUUCAAAAAGAACGUAAAUCUGUCGGAUAAGUCCAAAAACUACGUCGGAAAAUUCGGCACGAAAUUUGAUAAGGUUCGAAUUCGCGAUAUUCUCGGUACAAACACGUAUGUGCUGGAGGAUCUAACUGGUAACCGUAUCGGCGGCGCGUAUCACGGUUCUUUUCUCAAGAAAGCGUAA